UGGACCUGUUUGGUGCUGUGCAAUGAACUCCACCAUGAUCUUCAUCCUCCUGGGCCUCGUGGCAUCCAUUUAUGCAUUUCCUAUUCAGAAUUCGUCUGUUACAGAAAAUCACAGGUUUAAAAGAGGAUAUUCAGGAGAGCGCGUGGCUGAAAAUGACAUGAAUGCAAUGGACAAAAUCCUGGAGACAAAUGAAUAUCAUCUGUCCUCGAAACAUGCAGGCUUAACCUUUAAAGAAGGAGACAUCGCCGUGCCCAGUAAACGCAGCGCAAUUAUCUGCGAGGGGAAUAGUUGUCUCUGGCCGAAGUCUGUAGAUGGCUAUGUGUACGUGCCUUACAUCAUAUCUCCGGAUUACAACGACAUGGACAGAAUAACCGUUGAGAUGGGAAUGCAGGACAUCUCCAGUGGCACCUGCGUGAAGUUUGUUCCACGCAGCCAUGAGACCAACUAUCUGGACAUUAAGCCUAAAUUCGGCUGUUGGUCCUUCCUUGGUGUCAAUGGUGGAGCCCAGCCACUUUCACUGCAGGCACCAGGCUGCAUGUGGUCCGGAAUUGCCUCCCACGAGCUCAUGCACGCUCUGGGCUUCGUCCAUGAACAGUCUCGCUCCGACAGAGACAACCAUGUUACCAUCAUGUGGGAAAACAUCAUGAAAGACAGGAAUUAUAAUUUUGAGAAGUACAACACAAACAAUCUGAAUACUCCCUAUGACUAUGGAUCUAUCAUGCAUUAUGGAAAAUACGCUUUCUCAGAGGAUGGUGAUCCUACAAUUGUCCCCAAACCGAACCCUAAUGUUCCAAUUGGACAGAGAGAAGGCCCCAGUUCCAUUGACCUACUGAAAAUAAAUACCCUCUACAAAUGUGGUGGCCUUGUGUAAGAAAUGGAAAAAUCAAGAUGGAUUUGGUUACGAGACUUACCCGCAACAAACAGAAGAACUUACCCCUCAACCCCUGUCAAAUUCCUCAGGAUCUCUGAACUUCAAUAAAAAAUGUCACUUCAGAAAUGGAUCGUUUCUCGAUUUUGUGCAGAGAACAUUUAAGCAAUCUUAGGGCAC